AUGGCAACUUCAUGUUUUCCUUCAUCAUCUUUCUUAGUCUACUUCAUAUUCAGUCUUCUCUCUAUACACAGCUGCAAAGGUCAUCCAAACAAUGCAGCCUUGUUCAUCUUUGGGGAUUCCUUGUUUGAUGCUGGAAAUAACAACUACAUCAACACCUCUUUCAAAGCAAAUUUCGUGCCAUAUGGACAAUCCUUCUUCAAAUUCCCGACCGGGCGGUUUUCGGAUGGCCGCUUGAUUCCUGAUUUCAUUGCGAAAUAUGCUAAUUUGCCAUUGAUUCUUCCAUAUCUUCAUCCCAUGAACAAAGAUUACGUUCAUGGAGUGAACUUUGCAUCAGCUGGAGCUGGUGCUUUAGCUGAAACCCAUGAAGGACUUGUAAUUGACCUGAAAACCCAGCUCAGUUACUUCAACAAAGUAACAAAGGUUGUUGAAGGGACGAGACAUCCUGCAGAAGCUAAGGCAUUACUAUCCAAAGCUGUCUACUUCUUCAGCAUUGGAAGCAACGAUUAUAUUGCUCCUUUUACUACAAAUUCCACCCUUUUCCAAUCUCAUUCUCCACAACAAUACGUUCAGCUGGUCAUCCGAAACUUAACCACCGUCAUCAAAGGAAUCCACAAGAAUGGAGGAAGAAAGUUUGCAUUUCUAGGCGUCGGAGAUAUCGGGUGUGUGCCCCUAGUGAAGGCAGUAUUAUUACAAGGCAAAGAUGAAUGCUUUGAAAACAUUACACAACUUGUAACACUCCAUAACAAACAUCUUUACAAAACCCUCCAACAUCUUGAAAAGGAGCUUGAAGGAUUUGUUUAUUCCUAUGCCGAUUUAUACACUUCAGCCAACCAAAUAUCAAAGAACCCAUCUAAAUAUGGUUUGAAGGAAGGGAAGGCGGCAUGUUGUGGAAGUGGGCCUUUCAGAGGGUACUUUAGCUGUGGGGGAAGGGAUGGACAAGAGUAUGAGUUGUGUAGUAACCAUGAGUAUCUAUUCUAUGAUGCCACCCAUCCCACUGAAAGGGCAAACCAAUUAGUUGCUGAGUGGGUAUGGAAUGGGAGCUCCGACAGCAUCAAGCCUUACAAUCUUAAAGCUCUAUUUAAUGUUUAAGUUGGUGGUGCGACAUGUUUGUUAAUGCAAUAAGUGGGGUUCUGACCUUAUAGCUUGGUAACAUAUUGGGUGGAACCAAUGGUAGUGUGCAUAAAUUUACCCAAAUAAGGAUUUUAAGUUGCGUCUUCGUUGGUAGAAUGUAAGGUUCUUCUGAUCUCUUCUUUGAUCAUGUAGGUGUGCUGAAAUAUUUAUGAAUUUCGAUAUUCAAAUGUCAUAAAAUUGAGUAAAAACGAAUUCU